UUUUCCUUAAAAAAUUAAUCGUAGGAGAGUAACUUGGUCCCAGUGGGCGAAACAAAGAAACCCUUAAUAUCACAUUCGCGAUCUCCCCAAAUCAAAGCUUCAGAAAACUCAAAAAUGGCGCAACAUGGGCAAUACACAUCAAUGGCAGCAUUCCAACAAUCGUACUCUAAUCAAUACAUUCCACCACCAACUCUUCAACCUCCAUAUCAACAACAACAACAACAACAACCCAUAAACAUCUCUUCUUAUUCAUCCCAUCAAUACAAUCAUCAUCAUCAUCAUCAUCCUCAUCCUCAUCCUCAUCCUCAUCCUCAUCAAUAUUCAUCUCUUCCUUCUAUUCCCUUACCUCCAGUUCAAUACCCUUCCUACCCACAACACCAUUACUCUGAUCGCCCUUCCUCCAAACGUCCUCGAGAUCCCGUUUCAGAUUCUGGUGAGAUUCCUUCUACCAAACGACUUGCUUUGGGUAAUGACAUUUUAUUUAGGGUUGUUGUUCCAUCUGGACAAAUUGGCAAAGUUAUUGGUAAAGGUGGCCAUAGAGUUCAGAAGAUUAGGGAAGAUACUAAAGCUACUAUCAAGAUUGCUGAUCCUAUUGCUAGAUUCGAGGAACGUGUUAUAAUAAUUAGUUCUAAAGAGAAUGGGGCUGGCGGUAUGAGUGAUGCGGAGAAGGCGUUGCUUCAGAUUGCUUCUCUUAUCCUUGCGGAUGAUGGAAGCAGUGCAUCUGCUGCCGCGACUGAUCCCUAUGGUGAUGCUGCAGGACAUGUAGCUAAUAAUUCAGUAAAGUUGUUAAUAGCAGGUUCUCAAGCAGGUGGCUUGAUAGGGGUAUCUGGUCAGAACAUUGAAAAGCUUCGAAAUACUUCUGGUGCUGUAAUUGCAGUUCUUGCACCAAAUCAACUGCCUUUGUGUGCAUCUGCUCAUGAAUCGGAUCGCUUGGUCCAGAUAUCAGGUGAAGUAACUGCUGUAAUGAAAGCUAUUGAGGAUAUUGGUGUUGAACUUCGGAAAAAUCCUCCAAAGCAAGUAAUAUCUAUCAGCCCAACAUAUAACUUGAGUAUUGCAAGAGCCGCUCAGCAUAUGGACCCUAAUACUGCUGAAUAUGUGACAUUGGAUAUGGUGAUCUCCGAAACAAUGGUAGGUGGCUUGAUUGGCAGAGCUGGUUCCAACAUAUCAAGGAUCAGAACCGAAUCUGGUGCAAUGAUUAAGGUGUUUGGUGGAAAAGGUGAGCAGAAACAUAGGCAGAUCCAGCUUAUCGGCUCAGCUCAGCAAGUAGCCUUGGCAAAACAAAGAGUAGACGAAUACAUCUAUUCUCAACUGACACAACAAACUGUAGCUGAGGACACUGUCUAAAUCUUUAUCAUCUCCUUGGCCUUCAACCUUUCAGAUUAUGCUGUGAUUCUUUUUAUGAACUUUUUCUUUCUGACAUAAGUUCGUGUUCAGAAAAGCUAAUUUAGUGUUGUGAUGUAAAGGGGAGGUUUUGUUUCCUACUCGUGAGGAAGAGCAGAAAAUGGAGAAUAUACCAGAAUGUUGUUGUUCAUAUUUACUGGAACAUAGAAAGAUGGCAAUGUACUUUCAGUUUGGAGUAUUAGUUUUGUAGUUUGAAGCAUUUUGGUUAUGGUGUUUGUCUUGGGGAAAACUCCAUCCACUACUUGUUAAACUGCAAUGUAAUACUACGGCCUUAUUGUGCACCUUUUGUUUGAUUCGAAAUAAUUAACUAAUUACAACUCAUAGUGA